AUGUUGGAUGAAAGCGACUUAAAUUGUUUCAAAGGUCACAUUUUAAACGAAGAAAUCGACCGAGCAAAAGUUAUAUACUCAAGAAAACAAGAGGAAUUCUCACGUUUAAUCAGUCAGCAGCGAAAACCAAGAUACAGUAAUCUUCCUCGAGAUGAACUUGGGACCUCGCUCAUCCCAGAAGGUGUCACAGGAGCCGAUGAUCGUCUUGUGGCACUAAAAGCUAAAGGUAAUGGAGAUUGCCUUUUCAAUUCCAUCUCCAUUUUGUUAUUUGGUGACGAAAACCGAUCGCACCUCUUGCGAUUAUUGGUGGCUGGAGAACUGUAUUUCAAUCGGUCAUUUUACGCUGACCACGAUGCUUUCAACGAUGCAGUUGCAUCGGGUACAGAUUUUUUCCCAGCUGUUCUGUUUACUGUUGCGUUAACAACGCAAGGAGACAAAAAAUUUUCUGACACAGGGAAUAGGGAGGAGACCAUAAAAGAAGAGGCUUUUGUGGCAUGUGAGGUCAGAUCUUGGUCUUCCCUUGUCCACAUCAUGGCUAUGAGUUCUGUUCUAUGUAGACCGAUAGUCUCAAUGUACCCCAGUGUCCAAUUCAAAUACCGUUGUCUGGUAAACCGAGUUAUAAAUCCUAGAACAUCGGAUACCUCCGCCACUCCUAAAGAACCCCUGAACAUUCUGUGGUGUAGGGAUGGUAAUUUGGGCAAUGCAGAUGGAGGCUGGUACAUCUUAAACCACUUUGUGCCUGUAGUCCUGGCAGACGAACCAGAUAGUGACAAGCGGCCUUGCCCGUCUAUUAGCAAGAACAGUACCCCUAAAAGGAAGCAACAAGGUACACUCUUUUCCUUUCUGAAACCGAAGGCCACGACUGUUCCUGCUGAGAAACCCAAAGGUUCAAAACGAAAGACAUCCAAUGCAGGUCUUGACAACAAACCUGACGUCAAAAAAUCACCUUCAGCUUCAGCCGCCUUAAAGAAAAAGAUCGUCUUAAAAUGGAAGGACGAGUUCCCUUGGCUGACAAUUCAGAAAGAGGAUGACGCAGUGAUUUGCAGUGUCUGCAUUCAAGUACCAAAAGAAGUUGGAAACACGCAGUUCAUUACAGGUUGCAAGUCAGAGAAAAAGGAGACAUUCCAAAUCCAUGCUAAAAGUAACGGCCAUCUACGUGCCCAUACAGCCCUUUUGUCUCAACAGAAGCCUGUUCGUGAAACCAUGCUCGUGCAAAGUUUCUUUAAGGCGACAAAGGACCUGGAUGGAAGAGACCGAAAGGAAGUUGCGGUUAAAAUGACGACUGCCUACUUUGUGGCGAAAGAAGAACUGCCUUUCAGCAAGUUCAAUUCCCUCAUAUCUUUGCAGAAAAAGAAUGGUCUAGCACUAACGUCCACGUAUGCAAAUGACAAGACCUGUGCCGAAAUGGUAUCUGUUAUCAGGAAACUCGCCAAAGAAGACCUUGCUAUGGAAAAUUAACAGCAAACACUUCAUAAGUGUCAUGGCUGAUGGAGCAACCGAUGCAGGAGGUACAGAAAACGAAACAGUCGUCUGUAGAUUUGUCCAAGAUGGUCGCCCAGUCAACAGGCUUAUUGGCCAUAAAGCUGUCGAGUAAUUGUCACAGCAAAAGUAUGUUAAUUUGCUGGUACACUUUCAUUUGCUCAGGUGAUGAUCAGUAUCUAAGAGAGUAACCACCUGAAACUAUAGCCCCUUAUGCAGUUAAAACAGUUAAAUGUAUUUGGAUUUCUGUUGCUAAGGUGCCAGUUAAGAGAGGUAAUUUUAAUAGUUUCAAAGCCGCCUUGUGUAAUUAAAUAUUACUUGAAGAGAGACCUAUGACAGCAAAGCACUCUCAGAGAGGGGAACUGCAAACAUUAUCAAUUACAUUUAGCUCUCUCAGUUUAGCAAUAGGUUUAUACCUUUUUCAGCAAAGGUUUACGGGCAGAUGGACUGUGUAAUUAUUUUUAUACUUUUAUGUCUUAAAUCAAGUACCGUAGGGUGGACCGUUCAUGUUUUGUUUUAAUAAACCUAUUUUAGGGCUGAAGGAGGCUAUUGGUACUACCUUCGAAGAAGCGGGGGUCGAAGACUGGAAGGAGAAGCUGGUUGCUUUUGGCGCUGAUGGGGCCUCUGUUAACCUCGGUAAAAAAGCAGGCGUUGCCGCAUUGCUCAAAAAAGACAUUCCUUACCUUGUUGACUUCCAUUGUCUACCACACAGGCUUGAGCUUGCCCUGCUAGAGCUCCAAGGUGGUUGCAAGUCUGUGGAGGAUGUGUACAAUAUCCUCCAUCUAAUUUGGAAAACGUACCAUUAUAGCCCUAAAAGUGUCAGGGCUUUGAAGUCUAUAGCGGAUGAGCUUGAAAUUAAUAUCUUGAAGCCAACGCAAGUCAAAGGGACCAGCUGGCUUCCACACGUUAGCCGAGCGCUCAAAGUGUUUGUGAGCCAUAAAUCUGCCACAGAGUCCGAGUCUGGUCUGUAUGCUGCCGUGCUAAUGCAUAUGGAAGAUCUCAGUGUCAACUGCAAAAAUGCAAACAUCCAAGGGAGAGCGCGGCACGUCUCUCAAAAGAUGAAGGACAUUCAUUUCGUUGCAUUUUGUCAUUUUUUGGCAGACUUGUUUGCCAUACUCAGUCGGUUGAGUCUGCAAAUGCAAAGAAAUGAUAUUAUACUCCCCUCAGUAGUGUCCCAUCUCAAGGAAACAUUAGUGAGAAUUGAAAGUGUUACCCGUUGUCCAGUGGCAGAUGGCCAUCUCGCUAAAUUCUGGGAGAAGGUGGAAGGGACUCAAACAUUUCAAGGGGUGACUUUGACAGGUUCCAUCCAUAGUAAAGCGGCCAAACGUGGAGGAAGCAUAUCACGAAGCCUUCAGUCUGAAAUGGAAACCCCUGCGAGUCUCACUUUGCAAGGUCUUCGCGAUAGGUUUGGUGUGCUGCCAGGUAUCGAGAGCCAAGUAGGCAAAAGCCCGAGUUACAACUCAACGAAAGUUGUUAGCGACAUGCUCGUUUUCAACGUUGACAGCUGGCCAACGUGCCCUGGUGACCUGCUCGAUUUUGGCAGUGAGGAAACCAGGCGCUUGACACGAAGGUUUCAGCCCAUUUUAGAAAGAGCAGGAUGCAAGAUCUCUUCUAUUCAAGAUCAGUGGAUCUCCCUAAAAAUCAUGGUCAAUGGGCAGUUCCGCAAGUUUAAUUAUGGUAGCCUUUGGGAGACGCUACUGACCAAAGUGCCCUACAAGGACGAUUUCAAAGAUGUUCUACAACUAGUGGAGCUAGUUCUGGUUCUCCCUAUUUCUGCCGCACAAUGCGAGCGUGCUGUUUCGGCUCAGAAUCGAAUUAAAAGCAGCACCAGGGCAACCUUGAGUGUAUCUGUUUUGGAAGAUUUGAUUCGUCUGUCCUCAGAGGGUCCUUCUGUUGCUGAAUUUGAUCCAACUCCAGCAGUCAACCAGUGGUUUGAACGAGACAGAUCUAAGGGAGAAAGGGCACGACGACCUCAUUUCUUGAAUCAAAGCAGUGGCUGUGUAUAA